CUCGAGCCAGUUCACUCACUCGGUCCCUUACAUCCAAUUCGAUGCGAUUCAAACGGUUUAGUGGUCCUUUUGCUCUCUUUAUAAAUAAGCUGUCGUUUAGACCAUAGGUUGCGGUUAACCACACCCCGCUCUUGAAGCCCAGACCCCUCGAGAUAUUUUUAGCACUGACGAUGUCCGCUGUCAUCUAACGGAAAGAUCAUCCCGGGAAUCACAGAGCGAAUCUACACGGUGUCUGAGCGCGCUCGCUUUGAGUCGCUUUAUCUUAACAUGAGGACUCAAAGCGCCUUUAUUAUAUGGACUGCGACGGUUCUUCAUUUAUCUGUCAUAAAAGGUCAGACAACAGAUUCAUCCACAUCCCUUCUGAAUGAAGUCCUUCCUGAAGAUCACGUGACUUCAAAAAGUGAUAUUUUGGAAUCAGGACCCCCUACAGCCUCUCCUCCUCCGACUGAUGUGUCAAGCGGUGAGGUCACACCUACGGCUGCUCCUCCAUCACAACCAUCCAAUGACAGCUCUCCGUCACCAGCCAUCUCACAGACCCCUGCCCCACAAGAUGUCACCACCACCACCCUCAACACGGACACAGUCUCAGUGCCAGGUUUUUCUGUUGGCGGCAGCUCAUCUCUUUCUUAUGUGAAGAGCACCGUUUCAGAUUCAACAGCCACAGCUCCGGCAACAUCCAUCAGUCCAAGCGAAGGACAUCAGACCUUCUCCACCUCAAGCAGCAGUGCGUCCCAGACAACACAGACAGCUCCAUCAUUCACCCCCAGUAACCCUCAGACAUCUCGGUUUGCCCUGACCAGCAGUUCAGAGGUCACUGGACCCGCUCCUUCAGAAGACCAGGACGAGCCCUCUGAACUGGACGUUGGUGAUCAAGAAUCGGGCAAGGCUCCUCACCGCCCUUCAUCACCCCUGGACCCCCUGCUUGCGGCUCUGGUCACCGUUUUCAUCAUUUGCACUGCCAUGGUCUCGGCCGUCCUCUUCCUCCGGUUCCGCCAGCGGAACGAGCAUCCAGAAUUCCACCGGCUUCAAGACCUCCCUAUGGACGAUCUCCUAGAAGACACGCCUUUGUCAAGAUACACCUAUUAGCAAGAUUGAAUUCCACCAUUUCAUUAUUUGAUUCCUCAGGCAGCCAGUGUUGUUAUUGUGACAAUUCCCCUGAAAGACAGCUUUCUCAACUCAUCUCCGAUUAUGAGUUUGGAUGAUUCUCAGGAGGCUUUGAUGCUAAAAAGUGGUUGUGUAAUAAAAGAAAAAAAAGGGUUUUCACAAAAUAGAAUAAAACAAUAUAUUCAGUCUUAUUCGCUGCUAAAAACUGCACAGUUCCUUAAUAAAUCAGUUUAGUUAAGAGAAGGGAAUAAGCAUUUUUACCAUGUUGGAGAAACAGUAUUUUAAAGUAAAUUAGAGCAUUUGCCGAAGAUAAUGUUUUUCCUUUAUUAGACACUAUAAUUGUACUCUAUAUUAUAACACUAUUAUUUUGGUUAAUCUGCUUCACUCUAACAGUAACUUUUAUAGAACGGUUUAUUCUGAAAGGUCUACUUUUCUUGCAUCUACACGAGCAAAAUCGAGCUGCAUGUUUUUCUUUUCAGGGGCUUAUUUUCCAAGAAAUGUUUUUUGGGUUUAGCAAACAUGUCUCUGGUGAUUUUUGCACUGAUAUUUAGAGCUAAGACAUUUUAGUGAGGAACAUUUUACUUUUUAUGUGACAGGUGUUCUACAAUGAGUACAAUUUUAGGGUUCAGUUGAAUUGUGAUUUUGAUAUUCAUGACAAAGGUUGAUUGUCCCGAUCUAUUAUGAAGAUAUGUGAAAUAACUUGAAAUGUAAUUUGGCAUAUUCACUUCUGUCUAUGCUGGUAUUUGUGGUAAAUCUAGUGCCUAAAGUACUUUGUGCCAAAACAACCUGAUAAAUAUAUAUUGCAUAGUUGUGUUGUUGAACCUGUAAAGAUAAGAGUUUGUAAUAAAAGAAGAAAACUAUA